UAAAAGUGCAGUAGAAAAUAAUUAUCAUUUAAAAGAUUUAGUACAAAAAAGUUUCGCUACUUUAUUGUGUCAUCAUUUUGCGACUGCUGUUCUUGCGAUCCAGGAAACGCAACUAACAGGGAUUAAUUUCAGAUCAGUUUAUCUUUGCUAAGAGGAGAAGACGAUGUCUGGAAGCUUUUACUUUGUCAUGGUUGGUCAUCAUGACAAUCCUGUGUUUGAGAUGGAAUUCCUGCCAGCUGGGAAGCCCGAAUCAAAGGAUGAUCAUCGUCACCUAAAUCAGUUCAUUGCACAUGCAGCCCUGGAUUUGGUGGAUGAAAAUAUGUGGCUGUCCAACAAUAUGUACUUGAAAACUGUGGACAAAUUCAACGAGUGGUUUGUUUCUGCAUUUGUCACUGCAGGACAUAUAAGAUUCAUCAUGCUGCACGACGUGCGACAAGAAGAUGGAAUCAAAAACUUUUUUAACGACGUCUAUGAUUUAUACAUCAAGUUUGCAAUGAAUCCAUUCUAUGAAAUCAACGCGCCCAUCCGCUCAACUGCUUUUGAGAGGAAAGUCCAGUUCCUUGGGAAGAAGCAUCUCCUGAGUUAAUCACUUCACACAAAAAUUUCAAGUGUCUUUAUGUUGUAUAUAGUUAAUACAGUUGUUUCUGUUCUUCUUUAAAAAUCUUCAAUGUGUUCAGAACAAAAGUGGAUUUGUAUAAAUAGUGUUUUGCUUUGUG